UGUACAUAUCAAAUCAUGUCGAAAAAGGCAAACAAAAUGGCAUCAAUGGCAGCUGCCGCAUCACAUCAUCAUCAUCAUCAUCAUCAUACGGCAACUGGUUCACCAUUAUCACCAUUCGCAUCAAUGAUGCCAACAACACAUUCGCAUCAAAAUCAAAUUGAUGCGGCUACUGCUGCAGCGGCGGCAGCCGCAGCAGCCGCUGCUGCUGCUGCAUCAAGACAUUUACCACAACCACCACCAGCACAUAUGGGUAUACCACCUGUUCAUAUUGAAACAAAAGCUGUUAGUAUUUCAGCAUGGAUGGAUUUUGAUUUAUCCAAUAUUGCUCGAAAUCAUUCAUUAUAUAAUCUAUCUGGACAUGGACAAUAUUCACAUUCGGUUCUUUCGGAUUUAACACAACAAUUACCAUGGCCAAAUCCUGCAAUGUAUCAUCAACUGCAAUCGGCUGCAUUUCGUAGUCCAUAUCCAUUAAGUUCAGUUUCAACAGCUACAUUUCCAAGUUUUGCUGUACGAACACCACCAAUUAUGCCACCACAUCCUGCUUCAUUGUCUGGUCAUCAUCAUCAUCCGCAUCCACAUCAUCCACAUCAUUCACAUCAUCCAACAUUUCCAACGCAUCCGAGCUUUUUACAAACAACAUCCAAUAAUAUUCAACCAAAUAAUGAUAAUUUGACAACGCCAACACCAUCGACAUUAAAUGGUUCGACAAACAAUAAAUCAACAAAUCGUAAUAACACAGGUAAAACAUCGAAUGGUUUUCCAUUUUUUCAUGGAAUCAAUAAUAAUAAUAAUAAUGGUAAUUCAUUAUCAUCAUCUUCGUCUACUUCAUCAUCUUCAUCAUCAUCAUCGAUAUCACCAACAUUAGCCAAUAACACCAACAUUCAUAAUAAUAGAAUGUCAUUAUCAAUCAAUGAAAAUAAUGUUAAUAAUAAUCGCCAUAAUCGUCAUCAUCAUCAUAAUCAAAUUAUAACGGAUAAUGGACAUCAUUUUAAUAAUAAUAAAUUAAUUGGUAAUGGUCAAUCACAAUGCAAUGUUAAUGGAAAUAUUGGUUCCAAAUUAGUCAAUAAUAAUAGUAAAAAUUCUCAAUCAUUGAAUGGUGUUGGUGGUGGUGGUAAUGGUCAAACAUCAUUACAGCUACAGCAGCAACAACAACAAGAACAAGAAGAAAGAGAACGUGAACAAAAAAUGCAUAUUAAAAAACCAUUGAAUGCAUUUAUGAUCUAUAUGAAAGAAAUGCGUUCCAAAGUAAUUGCCGAAUCAACAUUGAAAGAAAGUGCUGCAAUCAAUCAGAUUUUAGGCAAAAAAUGGCAAGAUUUAAGCCGUGAAGAACAGGCAAAAUAUUAUGAUAAAGCACGUAAAGAAAGAGAAUUACAUAUGAAAUUACAUCCAGGAUGGACAGCUAAAGAUAAUUAUGCAAUCAAUGGUAAACGAAAAAAGAAAAAACGUGAACGUAAUGCCGAUGGAGAACGUGGAGCAUUGAAAAAAUGUCGAGCUAGAUAUGGUCUCGAUCAACAAAAUCAUUGGUGUAAACCAUGCAGGAGGAAAAAGAAAUGUAUACGAUAUCUUGAAGCAGCAAGAGCAGCAGCAGCUGCUGCUGCAAUAGCAGCCGCAUCCACAAAUGGCAAUACAUCACGUUCAGAUACAAACGAAUCGGAUAAUUUCGGUAGUAUCAGUAGUGUUGAAGCACCAACGCCCGAAUCAAAAACGACCAAUGAAAGUGAUCAUCUACCAUCACCAUUAUAUUAUCCAUCAUCUGUUCAUACACAUCAUAUGUAUCCAAAUUCUGUUGCAACAGUUACAUCAUCAUCAUCAUUAUCAUCACCAAUAGGAUCUCGAAUGUCAUCAUUAUUGACACCAAAUUCACCAUUAACAACAUAUACAUCAUCGGGUAUUGGUAGUAGUAGUAGUAGUUUAUCAUCAGCUUCAUCAACAACAUCAUCAUUUUCAUCAAUAGUCACAUCAUCAUCUUCUGGAUCAUCUGGAUCAUCAUCAUCAAAUGUACCACCAAGGAAUAGUCCAUUCAGUAUUGAACAAUUGGCACGUCCACAUUGUCCACAAAGUCGAUCAUCAUCAUCAUACCAUAAUAAUAAUAACAAUAUCAAUGGAUUGACUAGUAGUAAAGCUCAAAAUAUUAAUAAUAACAAUAAUAAUAAUAAUAAUAAUUCCGUAACAGUCGCUGUCAUAACACAAUUACCAACACCACCAUCAUCAACAGAUUCGAAUGCUGGAACACCAGCCAUGUUAUGGGUAGCAUAAUGACUCAAAUUCACCAAUCAUCAUUUACCACCAGCGACAUGUUCAUUCAUCUUUUUUUCAAAAAUUUCAAGAAAAUAAAAAAAGAAAUUUAUCAUCCACACACACACACACUCGCAUUAUCAUGUUG